AUGGCCGUGCCAGCUAAUGGUACAACUUACACCAUGUGGUUGUCACGGGGGCUGUUAGCCUCAACACUCAUUCUCGCCGUCAAGGCCCAAGAUGGAAUUGAAGACGCAGCCAUGCGUAUUGCAACUGGUUUCGCCGAGACACUCAUUCAGCACGCAGUGAAAACACUGUCGGGAGACGCUGGAGGCGCUGGUGAUACCGGCGAUGCUGUAAAUGCUGGAGAUCAAGGAAAUCAAGGGAACCAGGGCCAAGCAUUCGAUGCGACCAUGAUAGAUGCAGCUACCGUAACACACACUGUCGGUGGCGAAGCUAUAAUCGAAACAUACACACGUCCCGGGGGACAACUCUUCCCCGUUACACUCCUUCCACACCCAAGAAUUACGAUUGCACCAACAACCGACGACCCUUACGAGAGGAUUAUUCAAGCUUAUACUGGUGGCGAAGACGCUACCACGAACCAAGAAAUCACAAUCGCUGAACCAACAGGAACCAAACCUGGCACAGUUAUCGUCGACGUUCCUGGUUCGGCAUACUCGUCUUUCUCAUCGGGACAGGCUGGUGCAUUGACUAUUCCACCCUCAAACGAGCAUCCCACAGCAACUAUUAUCUCAGCUUUGCCGAGUGGUGUUGGCAUCACUGGCGAAGCCACAAGAACAAUUCCUGCAGCAGGAGGCGCUUCUGCUACAGUUGUCAUUCAAACACCAUGGGAAGACGUACCACCAAGCACUCCUGGUGCUGGUGCUGGUAUUGGAGACGGUGCGGGUGGCGCCGGUGGUAAUGUUGGUGGUAGCACCUCUAAUGUUUUGGUAAUCCAGACAUACACUGGAACAGAAUACAUCACACAGGCGAGAGUUACAACUAUCGUUGGAUCGGGAGGCGAUCAAGGUACGGUUGUUGUUCAAGUUCCUCCAGGUAACCAGAACCCUGGAGGCGCCGUUACUAUCCCUCCGAGUGGCGAUAGCCACUUCACAACCAUCGUUAGGCAAUACACAGGAGAUACACCCAUAUCUACUCCUGUUACCCGCCUUGUUCCCACCUCUGGAACUCAAGACGGAACCAUCAUCAUUGAGACACCCGGUCCUUCGAGCCCAACCGGUAGCAGUGGUAAUCAAGGUGGCGAUUCGCCCGAAAACCAACCACAGGUUAUCCCUCCAAGCGGCGAUAGCCCCUACUCUACUAUCUUGAGACCUCAUGCCGGCUCUGGUGAAAUUACUGAGCCCGUCACCUACACUAUUCCACCAAGUGGAACGAACCCCGGAACAGUUAUCAUCGAAACACCAGCGGUUCGCGCCGGUCAAUCAGUCAUUACUCUUCCAUCAGACCCUGGCAGUGGUUAUAUCACGAUUGUCAGGCAACCUACCGGUACUGGUGUGAUCACAGCCGCCACGACCAUUACGGUGCCGCCCAGUAAUGGCCAGCCAGGAACUAUCAUCAUUGAGACCCCUGCCCCUCAACCUGGAGGUGGUGAGAUCACGAUUCCUGCAGGCGCAGAUGGUUCAUUCAUCACCAUCAUUCGCGGUCCGACCGGAACAAACGCUGUCAACACGCCUACUACAAUCACUGUUAGUGGAGCACCAGGUCAACCAGGAACAGUAAUUAUCGAGACUCCUGUUGGGUCUGGUGGCCAAACCACCCGAGCGCCUGAUGAUCCGUUUACUAUUCCUCCUGGACCUGGAGGACAGUAUGUUACCAUCUUUCGACCACACAGUGGUGACCCCAUCACUGUGCCUAUCACACUUACGCAGCCAGGCCAGAAUGGCCAGCCAGGAACUGUCAUCAUCGAGACGCCUGUUCCGACAACUCCUGCUCCUGGUAGUGGACCAAUCACGAUCCCUGCUGGCGAUGGCGGCUCUUACGUGACUGUCUAUAGACCUCACUCGGGCAGCCCUAUUAGCCAGCCUGUCACGAUCACCAUCCAACCUAGCGGAGGUCAGCCUGGCACUAUCAUUGUUGAAACGCCUUUUAAUACCCCCAAGGGUCAAAAUGCAGUAACUUCAAACGAGCCAGGUGGUCAACAGAUCACCAUUCCCCCGAGCAAGAACAAUCCUUACGUGACAAUCUACCGACCUCACACCGGAGACCCUAUUACUGUGCCUAUCACCAUCACUCAAUCUCCUUCCAACGGUCAACCUGGAACCAUUAUUAUUGAGACUCCAGCGUCUGAACCUCAGACCGUCACUGAAGUUGAGACAGAGCCAGGAGCGACAGUAACUGUUCAGCCAACCACCCCUGGUGGAUACAUAACUGUCUACCGCCCACACACUGGUGACCCGAUUUCAGAGCCUAUUACAGUUACCACUAUCAGCGGCUCCAACGGUCAACCAGGAACUGUUAUUAUUGAAACACAAGGCCCGUUCACUAUUACAGCCACUGAAAGUGGCGGCACUGCAACUAUCUACACACCUGGAACGGGUGUUAGUACUACUAUCACCAAGACGGUUGUUUUGACUGCUUCGGGCAGCCAGUCAACCACUGCAGUUAUCAUCGAAACUCCCCCAGUGAAAGUCCAGCCCACUCAGUCCCAAGUUACAGGCUCUGAUGGAUUCGUCACAGUUACUGAGCAGUAUUCUGGUACUCGUGUGAUCACAGCCAUUUUUACGACCACAGUAAUUGCAUCUGGAACAGGACCUGGAACCGUCUUCAUCGAGACUCCUCCACCAAUCAAGUUUAACCCUACGACGAGUGUUCCAGAAUCAACCGUUACUGGAAAUGAUAACUAUGUCACGGUAUACAAGCCUUACCCUGGCCCUGGUAUCAUAACUGCCCCCAUCACUGUCACCGAGGCUACUCCUUCCGGUGGACAGCCUGGCACUGUUGUUAUUCAGACUCCCGUUUCUCAGAACCCUACUACAUCCCUGCCCGAGCCUAGUACGACACAAGGAACUGAUGGAUAUGUUACUGUCUAUCUUCCAUUCCCUGGUCCCGGUGUGAUCUCUCAGUCCUACACAAGAACCCAGGCUCCUUCAGGUGGCAACCCUGGAACGGUCUUUAUCACAACCCCCGCGCCUCAGCCUGCAACUACUACUUCUUUGCCUGAGCCGAGCACUACAACUGGGCCAGAUGGUUAUGUUACCGUCUUUCUUCCUUUCCCUGGUCCAGGUGUCAUCACGCAGUCCUACACACGAACACAGGCACCCUCUGGUGGAAAUCCUGGAACCGUGUUUAUUACGACUCCAGCGCCUCUUCCCCAGACCACUGCCCAGGAGAACCUGCCAAGUACCACGUCAGGUGUAGAUGGUUAUGUAACAGUUUUCAUCCCUUACCCGGGACCGGGCCAGAUUACUGCGCCUAUCACCAGCACCCAGCCACCCGCAAAUGGCCAGCCUGGUACUGUCUUCAUCACCACUCCCGUACCUGUGUUUUCCACUCCCAAGCAAGCGAAUGGAUUGACAAGUACUUCAACAGGUACAGAUGGCUAUGUGACAGUAUUUGUCCCGUAUCCUGGCCCAGGUACAAUUACUGCCCCCAUCACUAGUACUCAAGCUCCGGCAAAUGGCCAGCCCGGUACUGUAUUUAUCACCACACCCGAGCCUGUGCUUUCUACUCCAAAGCAAGCAAAUGGAUUGACCAGUACUUCAACCGGCACAGAUGGUUAUGUAACUGUCUACGUUCCUUACCCAGGACCUGGGUCUAUCACCGCAGAUAUUACUAGCACUCAACCACCUGCAAACGGUCAGCCUGGAACCGUUUACAUUACAACUCCUGCACCUCCGUUCUCCACGCCCAAGCAAGCGAACGGACUGACCAGUACUACGUCUGGAACAGACGGUUAUGUGACUGUUUUCGUUCCUUACCCAGGCCCUGGGUCUAUUACUGCGGAUAUCACUAGUACUCAGCCACCUGCAAAUGGACAGCCAGGAACUGUUUACAUCACAACUCCUGCACCUAUUAGUACUGCGGAUCAGAAUACCCCAAGCACAUCUGCCGUAGAUGAUGGUUACGUGACUGUAUUCCUUCCUUUCCCAGGUCCAGGAACUAUUACUGCUCCUAUUACCAGUACUCAACCUCCUUCUGGCGGUAACCCUGGAACUGUUUUCAUCACAACACCUGCACCAGUGACGUCUCAGCAGGGCGUUACCAGCACUGCACAGGGUGAUGGAUAUGUCACAGUUUUCUUGCCAUACACGGGCACUGGCGUUAUCACUGCACCUAUCACUAGCACUCAAACUCCUUCUGGUGGUAACCCAGGUACCGUAUUCAUUACGACACCAGCUUCCGGAUCGGAGACUCAGUCGCAGACCCCGACACUGACUACGGAUAACUACAUUACUAUCUAUACGCCUUUCCCUGGACCUGGUGUAAUUACAUCGCCUAUCACCAUUACCAAGCCCCCAGCUGAUGGGCAACCUGGAACGGUCAUUAUCCAGACCCCGGCUCCAAUCAGCUCUAACGCUGAUUCCUACGUGACGGUCUACAGACCUUACCCAGGUCCUGGCACUAUCACGGCGCCAAUAACCUUGACUCAAGCUCCUGCUAAUGGUCAACCUGGUACUGUAUUCAUCGAGACGCAGCCCACCAAUGAGCCCACUUCUUCGCCUACAAGUGGUGAUUCAGCUUCUCCAAUCACUAUUCCACCUGCGCCAACUGGGUCAUAUGUUACUAUUUACAGGCCGUACCCUGGCCCUGGGCAAAUAUCGUCUGCUGUUACCUACACUCAAGCUCCUGUUUCUGGACAGCCCGGUACCGUCAUCAUCGAGACUCCCAACUCGGACGCACCUACUGCUACUCAGACAGGACCAGUUACAGUUCCUACUGGUAACAACAAUCCGUAUGUCACGGUAUAUAGACCAUACCCUGGCCCUGGUAAUAUUGAUCAACCCAUCACCAUCACCUCUGUCACUGCCUCCGGUGAUCAGCCAGGAACCAUCGUUAUCGAGACACCUACUAUUGAUGUCAACACGAAGUUUGCACCAUCGCCCACAACAUCGCCUCCAGUCACCAUCCCAGCUGAUGAAAACAAUUAUGUUACUGUCUACAGGCCACACACUGGGUCUCCAAUUACAGCACCUAUUACUGUCACUACUAUUGCACCUACGGGAGGACAGCCGGGUACUGUGAUUAUUGAGACUCCAGGACCUGAGUCCCAGCCUUCAAGCACAGAUAACCCACCAGUGACCAUUCCUCAAGGUCAAGAUGGAUAUGUCACAGUCUAUCAACCCUAUCCUGGACCGGGUACUAUCACCGAGCCUGUUACUGUAUCUACUAUUGCGCCCACCAACGGCCAACCAGGCACAGUAGUCAUCCAAACUCCUGCGCCUGUAGCUUCGACUUCACCCACUAGUGAGGAGACCUCCAGCGCUUCUGCCGUCACUAUUCCUGCCGACAAUGGUGGCUACGUGACCGUUUACAGACCAUUCCCUGGGCCUGGAACUAUCACUGCGCCCCGCACUGUUGGAACAGUCGCUCCAACUUCAGGUCGGCCUGGUACAGUCAUUAUUGAGACGCCUGCUCCCCAAGCUACCAACGAUGAGAGCAGCUCGGCACCAGCUUUUUCCAGCCUUACACGGGUACCGGCGUUAUCGGGGGACCUAUCACUGUCUCUACUAUUCCGCCGUCCAAUGGGCAACCUGGAACCUACAUCGUCGAGACACCUAUUGCACAGAAUGCUGGUUCAACAACUGCGUCGGGCGACAAUGCACCUGUCACUAUCCCACCCAGCCCUGAGAACACCUACUUGA